GAGUAGGGUUGCAGCAGAUAAACGCCACCACUCACCCCUUUCAUCUCUCCAUCUCUCUCUCUCUACGGUUCCCUAAAGACCUUCACUGAACUAUCGAACCACUGUGUGUUUGUGUGUGUUUCUUACAUCUAGUUUAUCUCUCUAGAAGCGUCUAAUUGGCAAUACAAACAAUGGGCGCUUCGCUUCCUCCCAAAGAGGCCAACCUGUUCAAGCUAAUCGUCAAAUCUUAUGAAACAAAACAGUAUAAGAAAGGGCUGAAGGCUGCAGAUGCUAUAUUGAAGAAGUUCCCAGAGCAUGGAGAAACUCUUUCGAUGAAAGGAUUAACGCUGAACUGUAUGGACCGUAAGCCAGAAGCAUACGAGCUAGUACGGUUGGGAUUAAAGAAUGACUUGAAAAGCCAUGUUUGUUGGCACGUGUAUGGUCUUCUGUACCGGUCAGACAGAGAGUACAGGGAGGCAAUAAAAUGUUACCGCAAUGCUCUGCGGAUAGAUCCUGACAACAUCGAAAUAUUGAGGGACCUAUCGCUUCUACAGGCACAAAUGCGUGACUUAGGUGGUUUUGUUGAAACUAGACAACAGCUGCUGACCUUGAAACCAAAUCAUCGCAUGAAUUGGAUUGGUUUUGCAGUUUCUCAUCAUUUGAACUCAAAUGCAUCAAAAGCCAUUGAUAUUUUAGAAGCAUAUGAAGGGACUCUUGAGGAUGAUUAUCCUCCAGAUAAUGAAAGGUGUGAACAUGGGGAAAUGCUGUUAUACAAGAUAUCUCUAUUGGAGGAAUGUGGAUCCCUUGAGAAAGCUCUUCAGGAGUUGCGCAAGAAAGAAUUCAAGAUUGUUGAUAAAUUAUCCUACAAGGAAGAGGAGGUUUCUCUUCUUGUGAAGCUUAAUCGUCUGGAGGAAGGUGAAAAAUUAUAUAGAGUUCUGCUAGCAAUGAAUCCUGACAACUACAGAUACUACGAAGGACUGCAAAUGUGUGUUGGACUGCAUUCAAAGAUUGGCCAAUAUUCCCCUGAUGAAAUUGAUAAGUUGGACGCUUUAUACAAGUCGCUUGGGCAGCAAUACACCUGGUCUUCUGCUGUGAAGAGGAUCCCGUUAGAUUUUCUAGAAGAUGUAAAGUUCCGGGAUGCCGCAGAUAACUAUGUUAGGCCUCUUCUAACAAAGGGAGUUCCUUCACUGUUCUCUGAUCUUUCUCCUCUAUAUGAUCAUCCUGGCAAGGCCAGUAUUCUGGAAAGGUUGCUCCUUGAUUUGGAGGAAUCACUAAAGACAACUGGUGGAUACCCUGGAAGGUCGGAGAAGGAGCCCCCUUCAACACUUUUGUGGACCUUGUUUUAUUUGGCUCAGCAUUAUGACAGACGAGGCUUGUAUGAUAUAGCUCUAGCGAAAAUUGAUGAGGCUAUGCAACACACUCCAACUGUUAUUGAUUUAUACUCUGUCAAGAGCAAGAUAUUGAAACAUGGUGGGGACUUUGCAGCAGCUGCUGCAUUGGCAGAUGAAGCUAGAUGCAUGGAUCUUGCAGAUCGUUAUGUAAAUAGCCAAUGUGUCAAACGAAUGUUGCAGGCUGAUCAGGUUCCACUUGCAGAAAAGACAGCUGUGUUGUUCACAAAAGAUGGAGAUCAGCACAAUAACCUUCAUGACAUGCAGUGCAUGUGGUACGAACUUGCAUCUGGGGAAAGUUAUUUUCGCCAGGGUGAUCUUGGACGUGCUUUGAAAAAGUUCUUGGCUGUUGAGAAACAUUAUGCAGAUAUUACGGAAGACCAAUUUGAUUUCCAUUCUUAUUGCUUAAGAAAAAUGACUCUGCGUGCCUAUAUUGAAAUGUUAAGGUUUCAAGAUCUGCUCCAUGCACAUACGUACUUUAGGAAGGCAGCAGUUGGAGCUAUAAGAUGUUACAUCAAGCUUUAUGAUUCACCUUCAAAGUCAUCGACUGAAGAAGAUGAUGAACUAGCAAAAUUGCCCGCUUCUCAGAAGAAGAAAUUGAGGCAAAAGCAGAGGAAGGCCGAAGCACGAGCUAAGAAAGAGGCAGAAGUGAAGGGUGAGGAAGCAAAUGUUGGUGGUGUUUCGAAAUCCGGGAAAAGACAUGUUAAGCCAGUUGAUCCAGAUCCACAUGGAGAGAAACUAUUGCAGACUGAAGAUCCUUUGAUGGAAGCGGGAAAGUAUCUGAAGUUGCUGCAGAAACAUUCAUCUGAUUUUUUGGAGACACAUUUGCUUUCUUUCGAAGUAAAUAUGAGAAAGCAAAAGAUCUUGCUUGCAUUGCAGGCUCUGAAGCAGCUACAACGAUUGGAUGCUGGAAAGCCAGACUCUCAUCGCUGUUUGUUAAGAUUCUUCCAUAAAGUGGCAUCAAGGCCUGCUCCUGCCACCGAUGGUGAAAAACUGAUUUCAGGCGUCUUAGAAGCAGAGCGACCAACUUUCAGUCAGUUGCAUGGCAAAUCGCUAGUGGAAGCAAAUGCUGUUUUUCUUGAGCAACAUAAAGAUUCCUUGAUGCACAGAGCAGCAGUGGCCGAGAUGAGUUAUUGUUUAGAACCAAACAAGAAAGGCGAGGCCAUCAAAUUGAUCGAAGAAUCUCCCAAUAACCUUGUGUCUAGUAAUGGAUCACUUAGAGAAUGGAAGCUAAAAGACUGUGUUGCAGUUCACAAAUUAUUGGUAUCUAAUUUUGAUGAUCAAGAUGCUGCAUUGAGAUGGAAAUCCCGAUGUGCAGGAUACUUUCCUUACUCGAGCUACUUUGAAGGCCGCCAUUGCUCUGCAAACAGAGAUUCGAAACAAGCACACACUGAAAAUGGAUCUGUUGAAUUCCUUCCAUCAAACGGAAAGGUAGAAAAGCUCGAGGCAUUGAAGAAUCUUGCGAUCUAAGUAAGACAUGCGGGCAUACAGAUCGUUUCUUGGGGUACAAGUUAAAUGACUAAGAUUGGUGGAUCAAA